AGAUGUGCCCGGAGGAGGACGGCGGCUGUGGCGGCGGCGGCGGCGGCGGCGGCACCUUAGCCGGCACCGGCGGCCCCGAGGCGGCGGCGGUGGCGCUGGACGAGCUCCGCUCCUGGUGGGAAGUCCCGGCCAUCGCGCACUUUUGCUCGCUCUUCCGCACCGCCUUCCGCCUGCCCGACUUCGAGAUCGAGGAACUGGAAGCUGCUCUUCACAGGGAUGAUGUGGAGUUUAUCAGCGACCUGAUCGCCUGCCUUCUUCAAGGUUGUUACCAGCGCAGAGACAUCACAUCCCAGACGUUUCACAGCUACCUGGAGGACAUCAUCAACUACCGCUGGGAGCUGGAGGAGGGGAAACCUAACCCCUUGCGGGAGUCCACCUUCCAGGAGCUCCCCCUGCGCACCCGGGUGGAGAUCCUGCACCGCCUCUGCGACUACCGCCUCGAUGCAGACGAUGUCUUCGACCUCCUCAAGGGCCUGGACGCCGACAGCCUCCGUGUGGAGCCGCUGGGCGAGGACAGCAGCGGGGCCCUGUACUGGUACUUCUAUGGCACGCGGAUGUACAAGGAGGACCCGGUGCAGGGGAAAACCAACGGAGAGCUGGCUCCAGACAGGGGAUGUGGGGGGCAGACAAACACCCCAAAUGUUCCUGGGAAAACAGGCAAGAGACGAGGGCGACCUCCAAAGCGGAAAAAACUACUGGAGGAAAAUUUGCUGAGGGAGAAGGCAGAAGAGAACUUGCUAAUCCAUGAGACUCAGAUAAGAAAUGGGUCCCAAGGGCCUGGCCGUGGAACAUGGUGGCUGCUGUGCCAGACGGAAGAGGAGUGGAGGCAGGUCACAGAGAGCUUCAGAGAGAGGACUUCCCUUAGAGAGCGGCAGCUCUACAAACUCUUGAGUGAAGACUUCCUGCCGGAGAUCUGCAACAUGAUUGCACAGAAGGAGAAGCGUCUGCAGCGGACAGAGUUUUCUCCCAGGUGGAUGUCUGACCAUCAGCCCAUCAAACCAAUCAAGCAGGAGGUAAACCCGAAUGUGCUGAGUUCCAUGGAGAAGCAGAGGCGCAGGGAGGAAGAGGAGGAACGCCAGAUCCUUAUAGCAGUGCAGAAGAGAGAGCAGGAACAGCUGCUAAAGGAGGAGAGGAAGAGAGAGAUGGAGGAAAAGGUCAAAGCAGUGGAAGAACGGGCCAGGAGGAGGAAACUUCGUGAAGAGAGGGCCUGGCUGCUGGCACAGGGAAAGGAGCUCCCUCCUGAGCUGUCCCACCUGGAUCCCAGUUCCCCUUCCAGGGAAGAGCGAAGGACCAAGGAUAUCUAUGAACUGGAUGAUGAGUUCACAGCCAUGUACAAAGUUCUAGAUGUGGUGAAGGCUCACAAGGACUCUUGGCCCUUCUUGGAGCCCGUUGAUGAAUCCUAUGCUCCCAACUACUACCAGAUCAUUAAGGCCCCCAUGGAUAUCUCUAGCAUGGAGAAGAAGUUAAAUGGAGGUCAGUACUGCACCAAGGAAGAAUUUGUGGGUGAUAUGAAGACCAUGUUUAGGAACUGUCUUAAGUACAACGGUGAAGGCAGUGAAUAUACCAAGAUGGCUUACAACUUAGAGAGGUGUUUCCACCGAGCAAUGAUGAAGCACUUCCCUGGGGAAGAUGGAGACACAGAUGAAGAGUUUUGGAUCAGAGAAGAUGGCAGACGAGAGAAGAGGAGCCGGCGGACUGGCCGCUCCGGCACGGGCAGUGUUUGGACUCGGUCACGAGACCCAGAUGGGCCAGGCAAGAGACAGCAACGCCUGGAAAAUGGAGGAAAACCUCCACCAUAUCGAGCUACUUCCAGGGCUCCUGCUUCUUCCUCUUCUUCUUCUUCCUCCUCCUUCUCUUCGUCCUCUGUAGAGGACCCAAGUGGCAACCCAAUGCAGACUACUCGGGAGGUGGGCCCUUCCAACGGGCGAGGCUUCCCCCGCUCCCUGCAGUACGGUGGCAUGCCCAGCCCUGUGCCACACCCAGGACAGAUGAGACCAGCCGUGCCAGGAACGUUUGGUCCCUUGCGCGGGUCGGAUCCCACGAAGCUGUACGGCUCUCCGCGAGUGCCUGAGCCCCAUCCUGGAGACCCGGUCCAGCAGCACCAGCACUUUGCCAUGCAGCCGGCUGUGGGACUGAGCGAGCACCGCGGGCACCGGCUGGCCACUCCGGAGAAGCAGGCGUGCGCGGGACCCACCCACGUCUCCGGCCUCGGCCCCCGACCGGGCACACUGCAGCUGGGAAGGGUCAGUGGCCCCCCGCCCGAUGCCGUCUACCCGCCAGCCCAGUUCCAGCAGGGCUUCCUCCCGCCCAGGCACAACGGGCCCCCGGUGAGGCCGCCGGAGGGCUCGGAGGUCCCCCCGGGGCACAUGUACCGGCCCUACAAGUACCUGAACCGCGCACACCCAGCCCUGUGGAAUGGCAGCCAUGGCCCCGCCGGCCAGGCUGCCAUGGGGCCGGAGGAGAAGGCGCCCAUGGGGCCAGGGCCCUCACUCCAGCCACGUGCCCUGGGUCAUAUGAUGGACCCCAGGGCCAUGAGGCCGCCGCUGCCUCCCAGCCAGUGGACAGAGCAAUCAAAUUUCCUACCUCAUGGGGUGCCUCCCUCAGGGUAUAUCCGACCGCCCGGGAAAGCCGCCAGCCAGAGGAUGCCACAGCCACCAGCCGCUCUGUUUGGGGCACCUCCUCAGGUUCAGAGAGGGUGCCAGGGCGGGGACUCCAUGAUGGACAGCCCGGAGAUGAUCGCCAUGCAGCAGCUCUCCUCCCGCGUGUGCCCACCGGGAGUGCCUUACCACCCUCGCCAGCCGCCCCCGCCGCACCUCCCCGGACCCUUCCCCCAGCUGGCCCACGCGGCCUCCGCCGCCGGCGUGCAGCCCCCAAAACCUGUCGUGGGAAACGGGAGCUCGCAAGAUCCAACCGGGCAGACCAUGGAGAUGGAGAGCAACCAAGUGGAGACACCAGCAGGCAUGGACGAGAAGGCUCAGUGCAUCAGCAUUCCCGACGGGGCCUAUGCCAAACUCCUACCUCAUCCCAAGCCCCCACUGCCCAUGGAGUGCGCCAGGCGCGCCUUGCCCCCGGAUGGGGAGGCAGAUGGCUCUGGUGUGAAGGGCGAGCUGAAGGCAGGGCAGAGCAAAGGUGCAUGGUCGGCAGAGAGCGGCUACACCGGCGACCCGGGCUGCGUGAGGGACCUGGUGCCCGCCUCCGAAAGAGGGGGUCCCCUGCCUCAGAACGGGGCGGCGGGCGAGGGGCCGGCAGCCGGCACCGAGGGGAAGGGACUGGCUGCCAACCUGCUGGAGAAGCCCCUCUGUGGUGGGGGCAAGACUCUGCCUGAAGCAGCCGUGCCUUGCAUGGGGCAGGGCACCGGCCUUCCUGGCGUGGAUGCCGGCUCCAUGGGGGCCACCCCCAACCAGUAUCACCCUCUGUACAUGCCUGGUCUGGAAUACCCGAAUUCGGCUGGACGGUACCACAUCAACCCAGGCCUGCAGGGUUUUGGCCCGGUGAUGGGAGGGAAGCCACCUCCUCCUGCCUCCCACCCCCAGCAUUUUCCCCCACGGGGUUUCCAGCCGAGCAGCACCCACCCCGGUGUCUUCCCGCGGUACCGGCCCCCCCAGGGAAUGCCGUAUCCUUACCAGCCACAGCCUCAACCUUCCUACCACCACUACCAGCGACCGCCCUACUACGCCUGCCCACAGGGAUAUUCGGACUGGCAGAGGCCUCUCCACCCCCAGGCCAGCCCCAGCGGGCAUCCCAGUGCCCACCCGCCCCUGGCCAGAGCCCCGUUCCCAGAGCGGGGGUCCGCGGGCGGCCUGCAGGGCUGCGAGGCACUGAGCGCCGCCCUGGCCUCUCCCAACCGCAUGGACGUAGCAAGUGCCAAAGAGGUUUCUCCAAGUGACGGGCAGGAUCUGGGGCCUGAAGAUGAGAAGUCCGAGGAGUCCCAGGAAAGACCAGAGAGUCCCAAAGAGUUUCUUGAUUUGGACAACCACAAUGCAGCCACAAAGAGGCAAAGCUCGGUGGCAGCGGGGGAGUUCCUCUACGGAGCACCCCCACCCCACCUGAGUGCAGGGAUGGGGUUUGGCCCGUCGGCUUUCCCUCCCCAUGGGGUAAUGCUACAAACUGGCUCUCCUUAUGGAUCCCGACAUCCUGCCAGUCACUUCCAGCCCAGGACGUAUGGAUCGCCCAUGAAUGCCCACCCGUCUCACCAUCCAGCCUCCAACCAGGCCAACGGCCUCUCUCAGGAGGGCCCCCUGUACCGCUGCCGAGAAGAGAACAUGGGUCACUUUCAGGCCUUACUGAUGGAGCAGAGAGGCAGUGGAGGUGGCAUGGGGGGGCCGCCCCAGGACUUGUAUAGACCCUCGGGAAUGCAAAUGCAUCAGGCUCAAGUUCCCUUCCCGAAGAUGCCUACAGCAACAAUGUCCCGGGAAGAUUUGACAUCACAAAAACCAUCAGUGCUGCCUCUGGAUCAAAGCUAGUCCGAGGAAGGAAGGACCUCAUGAAGACGAAAGCCACACAUGAUUUGGACACCCAGGAGGAGGGGCAGGCCUUCCUCCCACCCUCCCCUCGCCCGAGCAGCAUGUAGCUUCCUGGGUCUGUGGAACAUGGUGCCCUGACGGCUUUUGUGUUGGAAACCCGGGGCGGUGCUGGGCCCCAGCCAGCCGAGCAGCUGGCUCUCUACCACAGGGCAAGCACCGCAAAACUAGUGGCUUUCCGUGACCGGAGACUGCGUCUCAUUCAGGGUUUGGGGGAAUUUUCGGGUGGGGAGGGCGGGGGUGGGGGCAGAAACUUUCAUUGACUGCUAAACUCAGGUAUAUUUUUCAGGGUGGAAGAGGACGAUGAUGAAAUUUUACUUGUAGUAUUAACGUGUGUGUUUUGGAGCUGGAUCCAGUUUACAGAAUUUAACCUGUUGCCUUUCUAAAUAAAUUUCUGUUGUUGGUGAAUGUAUUGUACAUAAUGGGGGAGGGGGUGGGCCCAGCUUGUAGUGGGCUUAGCACUGGAGGAAUCGUUAACUGUUUACAAUCAUAUCACACUAAAAUCUUUCAGGAUAGGGUGAGGGUUCAGGGGGGACCGGGGAGAGGCGAGGGAAUGUGUGAUGGAUGACUUGCUGUCCUCCUUCCUGUCCUCUGCAACCAAGACAUGACCCGACAGUUGGUUGACUUAAUAGCAUGAAUUGCUCAGGAGUAUAACAUGUCCUCCACUUUCUCUUGCCUUCUUCCUCCUUCCCUUCUCACCCCCAUCUCCACUCCUCUGGAUCCAGGGCCUGAGUGCACUUCCAGCUCCUGUCAUCAUGGGGGAACAAGGAAACCAGGACCAGGAACUGAAACCAGGGCAGGACACUCAUGGCAUUGUCUCUUCUGCUAGUACAGGACCCUUCUCCCUGCCUUUUUCUGAUAGGAGAAAUGUGUGCUCUAGGAAACAGAAAAUGGCAUAACUGGUCAUCUUAAGACUUAUUUUGGUGAAACCAGCACAGCUGUGGGUGCAGCAGCACCCAUCCAGUAAAACAAACUUUGUGCAAAUCUGUACUGCCCUGCUGCUUGAGGAGAGGAGCCAAGUCCCCACCUUUGUUUCUCUGACCCUGGGCUAUAUUCACUUCUUAGCAGCAGCAAAGCAGAAAGUACCACAGGCUUCCUGACCACUCUUGCUUGGUAAGGAGGAGGAGCAAGAGGCUGCCUUGGGGGAAUGGUAGGAUUACUGCAGUGUGAGCCAUUUGUUGGCCUGUGGAGUUGGAUUUGGCAUUCACAAGUUGCAGGUGAAUCAGAAAGCACUGGUUCAAAGUCAGGUGUUUGGGUGGCACAGCUCAGGGGCUGGGGGACAGGAGGGCUGCGUGCUUGAGUUGAGGUGGUUUUUUUUGUCUUCAUUGAUGACGUAGCAGCAGGUCCUACAGGACUAGUGGCAGCUUCCCUGUUCACAGUCUGCAGGGGCUCUUCUCAGUACUGUACUAUGGAACCUCUGUGUGCCAGCAUCUUGACAACCACUGGUGUUCAAGGGAGUUCGGCAGGACUCCCAUCUGCAUUUAUUCACAUCUUAAAGCUAACAGGCACACACGGUUGGCUGUUCUUGGGGGAGUUGGGGAGUUGUUACUCUACGAGGCUGGGCAGCAAGACUUGCUGGGACCAUAACCUGGUUGUACUGGGGUGGGGACAGUGGUGCAGUUUACAGGAGGAUGUGCCAGUGUGUCAGAUAGAGUAUGCUAGCAAGAGCACAAGCGGCAGCAGAAGGAGGACAGAGCAGCAUGCCCUUUAGUCUGUGGUACCAGCAUGGGGAGGGACUUUGUCUCCUGGUUUCUGGAGAAUUUUUCUGGCUGCUUUCUUGUCUUGGAUGGUGCCAUCACCUGAAUCUUUAGCUGGAUUUAACAUCUGUGACUGCACCACCUUUGUCCCACUUCGUGUAGAUCUACCAUGUGCUGGCAAAGCUGUUCAAGCAAAUGGCAAGUAGCAUCUGAGUGAGUCAUUACUCCUUCUGUCCUAAGCUUUUGGAAGCACACAAAGCCUAAAAGAUGAGAAAUUACCCUUUCCUGAAAUAGUUAGAACAUAGAAGGACUGCUGUGUUAGUGCCCUCUUACCAAUGAGCCUCACUGCUCUGUUGCUGCAGUACUUUUGCCUCUGAUGAGCUGUGUAAGGCCAAGGCAUUUUCCAAGCCUAACAGGAGUUAAAAUUCAUCUUACAGCUGCAUUUCUCACCCACUGCUGCAGCCAGCCUGUGAACUGUAGCUGCUGGCUGCUUAGGCCAGUGAGUUGCCUGGGACAGCUGGUUCCUCUGCAAAGGAAGAUGUCGGUGUAAUGUGAAUUACUUACAAUAUCUAUCUAUAGAUGCCAUUACAUUAGAAAAAGGAAGGUGAUUUUUUGGUGUGGUUUUUCUUUUCAGUUGCGUUCAUCUGUCAGGGAGCAGUUGUCACUGGUGGAUUGAUAUGAACUGGAAUAGAUGAUCCUAAAGGUUGUCCUUUGACUGAGAAGUGCUCUCCCCAGCCAAGAACAUUAUGCUAUGGCUCUUCUGAAUUUGUCCCGUAUCUGAGGGUUUGCUGCUGGCUCUUCAGCUGGUAGUUGGUUUUCAGAGGUGCCCCAGCUGCUCCAAAGGCAGCUCUUAGUCCUUCACUGAAAGGAGAUACUGAAGCAGUGAUAGGUAUUUAUAAAAAACUGUGCAAGUAGAACUGCUCUUAAAGACAAUAAACCUGGGACAAACAAGAACACAGUUGCUUCUCCUUGUAAAAUAAUCUUGGGUUCACUGUACAUUUAAAAGCAGAUAAAUGGUAAAAUAUAACUUGUAGCAAAGUAUUCAAAACUCUAGAAAUGUGAAUGUAGAUCCUGCAAACAAUCCCUGCCAUACUUCAGCCUGUGUCCUCUGUAUCACAGACAGCCACCCAAAUAUUUGAAGUGCCUUUCAUUCAGCUCAUUGUGAACGUUGUGGAACAGGAGGGUUUUAGAAGCUGUAAAAAGUCCCCAAGCAAGCUGAAGCACACUUCAGCUGGAACUGGCACUGAAAACAUGGUUCUAGUGGUCACAGGGUCUAGAUGAGUACCAAGCCCAGGCCAAAACAGGGGCUGAACAAGAAAGGCAAGAAUUGCUUGUGGUCUGCCUGGAGAGCACAGUGGAGUGUUAGACAGUGAUAGAUACCCCGAGGAACCUGUAUGGAGUGUGCAACAGGAAGAUAUUUUCCCUUACCUGACAUAAUGCUAGUCUGGGGGAAAGAUUUGUCUUGCAGGUGGUAGACAAAAGAGAGUAGUGAAGCUGUCUCCUCCUGGGAGGGUUUCUAGGUAAAUGGCUUUUGAUGUAGUCAGUAAUUCUUAUUAAAGAGACUAACAAGCUGCUGUUGUGAGGACAGAUGGUUUCUAUUAGAAAAGUACUAAUAUAGCAUAGGGGGAACAAUGGCUGGGCAACAGGGAUAGGGCUAUCCUGAGGACAGGACAUGCUGAGAUGGAGAGCUGGUUGUGGAACCUUAGCUCAGAAUCUCCAGACUUUCAAAUGCUUUCUUCGUAAGGGGGGCUUUGGGGGUUUUCCUAUUAUGAUGUCUAGGGAACCCCCCCCCAAAAUUAGAGCUCUAUUUUGCUAGGCACAAUCAGCAAAUCACAGAAAACUGGCACCCCUCAGAGGGCACAGGGCUCUGAAGAGAGUUGUGGGGUGGAACACGAGUGGAAAUGUACGGGGAGGAGCAGAUAAUGUGAAUUUUGUAGUUUAUCCCAAGCCAUACUGCACAGGGCUGCUUUGUAGAUAUUGUGAAAGAGACAGGUUUGAGGGAUUUAGGAGAGAGUAAAAUGGCAGCUCUUUAUAUACAGAGUGGUGUUUUUUGCCAUGAGUUGGCAUGCAGUGCAGGAGAAGUGCAGCUGCAUUUUAAAAUAACCUGGCUUUUGAGUGCCAUACUUGUGUCACUGUCUUAAAUAAUAUUUUAACACAAUAGAGAGAAAUUCUAGUCACUGGUUGGAAGCCCUCUGUCUCAGCCCCCAGCAUUGUUGUUUCACAAUAUAUUACCAGUUGGUCCUUUCUCAGAAAGCAUCCUGAGCUGGUGACUUUGCAAAGUUUCCUGUAGCUAUUACUUUUUCCAUACAGAGGAUGUAUUUUGCUAUAAUUAGGGAUUUCAUGUUAAACAAGACUAUAUAAUACACAGAACAAAGAUGAUGUUGGCCAUGCUGAAGCAUGACAAAAAUUUCCAAUAUUCUCAGAAGAGCUUUGUAUGCCACUCUGGCUUUUUAGCAUCUCGCUCUCCCCACCACCUUGUCCUCUGUAAGUGGUGUGUGGUAUUCCCAAGCUCCCAAGAUGUCAAGUUGCUUUUGCAAAGGCUGCUUUAUAAACUGCCCCAGGGACUCUGAAGCUUUGGACGUCUUAGAGUAGGACAGGCCCAGGCAAUUCAACUAGAAGGGCAGUCACUGAGGCUUCACAGUGACUUUUAGCUGUGUUUAGCAGGAGUUUGCAGUCUGUAAAUUCCAUGGUGUAUCCCACCAAACCACUCAGUAGCAAUCCAAGGCACCAGCCUGCAAUGAAGAGGACAAAAGGGGAAAGUAAAUUUGAGGCUUCAAGGCCCAACUGGUUGGAUUUGUGACUUUAAAGUACAUGGAGACACUUUUCUUGGAAGAGCUUCUGAUUCUUUGUUGUCUGCCAAAUGCCUUUCCCAUGCAGACUUUCCGAAGCCAAUCGUCUGUGUAUAUUUUUGUAAGUGUGGUUUCUCGGGGUCUUGGAGAGCUAUCAGCUUCUUGAUGUCUUAUCUGAAAGCUAGUCACAGAGGCUCUUUCAUUCUGCUGAUUGAGGCAGCUCUCCUGAAGCUUCUCACCCCAACACUUCUCCAUUUAAAAUGAAAGUAUAAUUAGAAAACAACCUCCCUUUAUUUCCUCCACUGAUCUCUGUCAGGCUUUUGUGCAUCUCUGUGUUCAACUAGGGCUGUUUCUUUGUUCUUGAUGGCUUUGUUCUGCUUUCUUUUUCCAAGAAGACUGUGUUGCUGUAUGAACUGUGGAAUUUCAGAGAAGGUGCUGAACUGAGUGACAAAGAAGUGUCAUCCCAAGGGGUGGCUUGGAGAAGAGCAGCAGGGGAAUUCGUGACAGUGUAGUUGCUCCUGGUUCCCCUCACUGCAGAGCAACCACACAACUGGGCCUGCACUUAAUCAGGGCAACCCCUUAAAAAGUUUUUACUGCAGUGCAUCGGUGGCAGAGAAGUUUGCUCCUGCAGAAUUCCUGUUUUGCCUUGAGUCGGGUGCUGGCUGUUGGAGAGCAGGUGUGUGGGAGCCGUAUCCUUUCCGUAAGGCCAAGAUUGAGAUAGCAGGCUGGGAAAGUGGGGUUGCAGCUGCAGGCCAUGUGACAAGCUUUAAGAGCGUGUGCUCAUUGUAGCCGAGAAAGCAUCUCAAACGUUGACCUUCCAGCCUUUCCCCAUCUGUACCUGUUUAACAUACAGAUGGGGGUGAGCACACUGGGGCUUGGCAGGACCCCUGCCGCCCAUGCGGAAGGAAAACGCUUUUAACCGGCACAUAAUGAACUGCGCGCUCCGGUUUUCACUCCCUGCCUGCUGCCCACCUCCCGCUCUGAAAAAGAGCUGGGGAGGGACCCACUUCCAGCUGUCUCCCCGUAGGAGCUCCUGGGGAUGACAAGCGCAAGGCUCAGUCCACCCCUAGGCAAGGAGGUUCAGGACAGAGGUUUUAUUUGAAACUAGAUGGUAACAUCCAAGCGUACCUUUGAAGCAGAGGUUGUAGUGAGCUGUGUGGUGCUGUUCUCUUUUUGGUGACUGUCCUGCCUCGGCUCACAUGCAGGAUUUGAGAGACCAUGGAGCGUUUUGUAGAUUUAACACUGCUGGUCUGGCAUUGACUGAGGGCUCUUUUCCUUCAUUUGCAGCAGUGGCCUAGAUUUCUUUUGGCGAAGGUCUUCCUCUUUUUGAAGCAUGGAUAUCAAAGUAGACUGUGCAUCCAGGAGAGAGCAAGGGCUAUGUCCACCAGUGGAAGAGGGGACAAAGGAUUAAUUAGGGCUGAGGCUUAACUGAGAUUUUCACUAACUCUGGCAAGCCCCUCUGUCCUUUGCCCCUUUUAUUUGGAAAUACUUGGCUCACUUAGCAGAAGGGCAGUAAGUGGAAUAUCUUCUAAAUAAAAGUGGAACUGGCUCUGUGUGGGUAAAAUUCCCUUGUUGCGAACAAAGUUGGACCAGACAGCCAUAAAGGACUCCUUUGGGCAUCAAAUGAUGAAGAGGCACACAGACACCUGGUGCCCUCAAACAUUUUGGAGCAUGGCAGAGGAGUGAUCUCCCUUUCUGAAGCCAGCCAGGCAGCUACAGGAGCUCAGGCCUCAACUUCUAGUCUGAAAAGUCCUCUGAUCCCCUUUUGUGUCAUAUGCCAACACUUUCCCUCUCCUUGCUUCCUAGCUUUCAAGUUCCUUUCCCUCUGCUCGCUUCGCUGCAGUCGGUUGCUGUCAAGUGCAGAGAUGAAGGCUCACUGCCCACGCGAGCACAAGGGCAGAAGGUUGAACUUGCCAGCUGUCUCCUCUGCACAGGCAUACAGACAGCAGGUGGGGAGAACACAUUUACUCUCCUCAUGAAAUUAAGGUGUCCUCAGUGGCUCACGAGUGUUCUCUCGUGUGCCCCUGGGGUUUGCCACCCUGGCACAGCGACGCCUGUCCCUCUGCCAGCACAAGGAUUUGCUCCUGGUCCCUCUGCAGGGUUCCAACACAUGGUCCUGGCGUGUCUACUUCCAAGGGGGUUUAGAUUAAAAAUAUAUACUCUGUACAACUGUGAAAACUCUUGUCUCUCUUCCAUGAUCUGUCAAUGAACAUUGCUGCCUGAUCUUUUUCCAAGCAAUAAUAAUGUGCAGCAGUGCAACUUUGAUGUUCCCACGCUGUUUCACGGAGUGGAUGGCUAUGGGAACACGCUGCCGGGCUUCACAGUUUCAAUGGGAAGCAAGAUGCUUUCUGUGGCCCUGCAUUUUAUCUGUGCCACAUUCCUGCUUUCCCAGAGACUGGCGGGUUGAUUUAGGUGGCCCUGAGAGAGCUGGUUGCUGCUUCUGUGUUUGGGAAGGCAGAAAGAGGAGGGAGCAAGUUGGUAAAGCUGAGCCUCAUCCACAAAGCAGAGCACAUGUAAGAGGGGUUGCUUGUUGCUACCAUGGAGCAAGGGGUGGGUGGACCACUGAUUUAAUGCCUCUGGGGGAGGAGAGUGACCCAGUGCUGCUUCACUUGGCAUUGAUGGGGGAGGCAGGAGAGCCGAUGCCACUAUGUCCAUUCAUUUUUCUGAAGUUGGGUAACAUUGGUUUUUUGGGUUUUUUUGUAUUAUUGUAAGUUUGUAAAGAAUGUAAUCUGUCUGUCGGGGGCACAAGGAGAAAACGGGGGCCUUUCUUUUUUUUGGGUGAGGCUGUUCUUAUGUUGCUGUGUUUUUUGUUGUUGGGCAGGGAGGGGUCUAAGAGGCCAUGGGGCAAAAGCCUGGCCCUUGUCAACUGCUUGCAACUGUCCCAGGGCGACGGGAGGGUGAGCUGAUGCUGCAGCAGAGACCUCCCACACCAAACUGUGAAAACGACCUCUGCCUGUGUCCCUCUGUGGGGGAAUCUGACCUGCGUGGGGUUCUGCACUGGCACGCCUUGCUGGGGGUGGGAUGUAACAUUCAAGGACUGGUCUUGCUUGUCUUUGACUCAAGUAGAAACUGGGCUGGGCAGCUGCCCGUGCUGUUUAUGGAAGGCUGGAUUUAAUAGCCUGAGUUUCUCAGUGCAAGAAGGAGUUCAUGCUGGAGCUGCUUGCCCCAGCACUUCUUUCCCCAGCAGGAGCUCAGGUGCUGCACCUCUCCCAUCACCUGCUGCCCAGGAGCCCUGGUUCUCACCCCUGCCUCCCUCCCCAUCCCGUAGAGCACAGUGUCAGGGAUCCUCUUCUCUCUCCUGCUGCUGCAAAGUUGUGUGAACUUUCCUGGUCAAUACUGGAAAGGGGAAUGCUAUUUAUUUUUAUAUUGUGUAUAUUUUGUCUUGGUCUGCUGAUUACCUUUGUUCCCCAAGAGCGACAGUUACCUCAAUAGUUAGUUUAAUACUGUGUGUUGGGUAAUUUUUUUAAAGAACUUUUUUAAAAUCUUGAUCCUUGGAGGUCUGUAGAUUUUAUUUCCAUAUAAAUUGGUUAUUUUGUAUAAAG